CUUUCAGGCCUAUUUUGAAUUGCGCAGUAAAACGUGACGGUGGGCUGUGUCCUUAUGAACUGUUUGAAAUUAUAGAUAUGUAAACACAUUUGUGUAGCAGGAUAUCACGAAAUACAUGUGACCAGUACAUCAGUAAGACUUCAGUUGUCAGAAUUUGUGAUCAGUACCACACUGCUAUACCCGUCAAUGAUUCUGCAGUUGGUGUGUAGACGACGGUAUGGGGCAUUGGAGAUGGUGUACUUGGAUUGGGUACAUACAUCUGCUGAUUCUAGUUGGAGGUACGCAAGCUGGGUCUUAUGAAAACUACACAGUAGUUCGUGAAGGACACAGUUGUUUGAUUACUUUGAAGAUGCCGUUGAAUGAGGAUUUCAAAGUGAUGGGCCCUGGAAAUAAAACAAUCUUUAAAGUAAACACUCGUGGGGUACACUCUGAUUGGGUCUACAUCUUGAAUUCCUACCGAACGAGAGUCAAUAUAACGAAGAUAACAAGGUCAGCUGACUCAGUCAUCCUCCAGUUCUGGCUACACAAUGCAACAUCAGAGGAUGCGGGAAGAUACCACUGUUCCACAUGGACUGAUGGCCCCAUUCCCAAUUGUCAGCACAUGUUGUAUGUACAAGGACAACCCGCUCACCCAAACAUCAGGGUCAUUGUCAACACCACCAACAUCGUUUUGACAUGCAAAACCAACUCUUCCAUUGAACAUGUGGACCAUGAUCUUAGAAUGAUAUACACGUGGAGGAGAAACGGACAAGAGGUUGAAGUUGGUGAGAGGUUCAACGCUUCAGGACAAACCCUGACUGUGACUGAUGUGAAGAAAGAGGACCUGGGCAACUACUCAUGUAAAUCUACUGAGGAAGGUCUUGCAUCCAACUGGAGUGAUACAGUCGAUCUCCACAUGCUAGCAAAUUUCCAACAGCCGUACAUCGCUGCACCAGAAACAACUCACAUGGACAGGAGUGUAACUCUGUCUUGCUUCAGUGUCUUCAAACUGUACAGUCCAGUUGAUGUAAAGUUGAUGCUGUUGAUGAACUGGAGAAGGAACGGUAUACCUGUGAAUGACAGAAUAACAUACAACGUAAAUCAGAAGAGUCAUGCGAGGAAAACGGGUAUUAGAUACCACAGAAGUACCCUCACUGUCAGUGACGUAAGCGCAGCCAAGGGAGAUAACUUCCAGUGUCAGGUUGUAGUAGGACCAAGGGCGGAGUUAGGAUGGAGUGAAGUGUAUGCACCUGUAAAACAGUCUGGGUCUUUUGAAAACUAUACAGUAGUUCGUGAAGGACACAGUGCUUCGAUUAUUUGGAAGAUGCCGCUGGUUCAUGGGGAUUUCCUUGUAUUGGCACCUAGAUUUGGAGUGCUCUUUGCAGUAAACUCUGUUGUUGUCUACAUCUCUGAUGCCUACCGAACGAGAGUCAAUAUAGUGAACAUGACAACGUCAGCUGAGUCUAUCAUCCUCCAGUUCUGGUUACACAAUUCAACAUCAGAGGAUGCAGGAACAUACCACUGUUCCAAACUGAAUGAUGACCCCAGUCCCAAUUGUCAUCACAUGCUGUAUGUACAAGGACAACCCGCAGACGCAAACAUCAGUGUCAUUGUCAACACCACCAACAUCGUUUUGACAUGCGAAAUCAAUUCUUCCAUUGUACCCGUGGACCAUGAUCUUGGAAUGAUAUACACUUGGAAGAGAAACGGACAAGAGGUUGAAGUUGGUGAGAGGUUCAACGCUUCAGGACAAACCCUGGCUGUGACUGAUGUGAAGAAAGAGGACCUGGGCAACUAUACAUGUCAAUCUACCGAGGAAGGUCUUGCAUCCAACUGGAGUGAUACAGUCGAUCUCCACAUGCUAGCAAAACUUGAAGUUGGAGAACUAACAGUGAAUGGAACAGUACAUACAACUGUGAAGGAAAACGAAGUGGUCCUCUUCAGGUGUAUGGUUGAGGGGCCUCCAUUCCCAGCUGUAUCUCUUAUUCGGAACAACAGCUUGGCAACAGUGAAUAUGUCCAGGACACAACAGAAUGUGUAUGAACAUGUUAUGGUUGUAAGGAAGUGUUCUCAGCUCGGGGUGUAUUCUUGUAGAGCCACGAAUGUUGCUGGUGCAUCAGAAGAUGAACAACGUACAGUUGUCUUAAAUGGAAUGCCACGUGAACAAGCAUCACAUGUUCUUGUGACCAAUGAAAAGACUCCUUCAGUCAUCAUUAAUAUCACGCUGUGUUCACACCCAGCACCAUCGAAACCAAAACUGGGCCUCACACGAACAGGGUCUUUAAGAGACAUUACUGAUAUAAAGAACUUUUACCUGACAACUAGGAAUAUGACGAACAAUGUAUUUGAAUAUUCUCUCAUCGUCAAUAAUGACAUCACUAGUGCAGACUUUGGAGCAUACAUAUUCAGUGUCGAAUACAAUGACAGAAGACAGAAUUUUAUGAUUCUUUCGUCCAAACCGGAUACUCCAGAAACGAAUCUUCCUCUGGUUGCUGGUUCUUCAGUCGCGGCUGUGAUUGUAACUCUGGGUAUAAUUGCUGGUAUGAUACUUUCACGACUCAACCGGUUGAGAGACUACUGGAACCUAAGGUUUAGAUCGUACGUCACACCCAUCCAGAUCAUGACAGAAAAUAUCGAUGAUGGAGAGUAUGCUGAAAUCGACGAUGCCGAUUUACUUGAUCUUGGCGCCGGCAACAUUGUGCAACCUGUUGGUGAUGUCCCGGGUGAUAACAACAUUCCACCUCCAUGCGGUGCAAGGCACAGGCGGGAAAGGCAACAGCUGGAAGGUGAAGAUGAUGAAUAUGAAGAGGCGAGGUCACUGGACGCUACCAACACGGAGGAACACCCAACAGAGCAAGAAACGAAAGCUGAAAUGCAUCAGCCUGAUUUGGAUAUUCUGGAAGACAUUAAGGAUGAGAUGGUUAUGACAUUACACUGCUCCCAUACUCAUUCAGAACCCAGGAUUUUUGACGCUGACUGGGCGGCUGGAGGACGAGAAUCUGGACAUAUGGCAGCAGCGAUAACAGAUCAGUUUCAAGAAACAAGUUUCAUGACUCAAGAACCUGAUGAAACAGACACUGACAAGUUACCCACGAUCAGUGGAAUUUAUUCUGGAAUAGAUGGGAUAACAGCAAUUAAGGCAGAAGAAGAUGAUCCCUUGGAGGAAGGAAGAGAGGAUUAUGUUGAAAGUGAACCUCUUGAUUUGCCUUGCAACAGAUAUGAGAAUCUGAUGCCGCACCAACCUCGAGAUACUUACACAGCCUUGGACAAUGAUGAUGAUAUUACGCAUGAUUAG